AUGGCGGAGCCGGACGAUGGCGGUGAUUCUCUGCUUCAUAUCACCAGUUGUGGCAUCCAGCAGAACCACCCAAUCGAUGGCCAUAAAUCACUGCCACUGGAGGCGAGCAGUUCGUCCCAUCAGCUGAGUGCGUACGUGGCGGCAGCAGCGGCCUCGUCCGGAGGUAACCCACAGUCUGUGUCCUCAUCGAGUCCGGUGGCCAACAGCGGGGUCCUGCCCGAGUCAACCGGUGUGGGUAUCGGCUCGGUCAGCAAGUGGGACGAACCCUACUUUGACGAUACGACGCCACACAACGUGACGGCCCUGGUCGGAAAGUCGGCGUACCUCAGCUGCCGGGUGAAGAACCUGGGCAACAAAACGGUUUCCUGGAUACGGCAUCGCGACAUCCACAUCCUGACCGUCGGGAGUUACACUUACACCUCGGACCAGCGCUUCCAGGCGACGCAUCAUAAAAAUACCGACGACUGGACGCUACAGAUCAAAUGGGCCCAGAAGCGGGAUGCCGGUAUCUACGAGUGCCAGAUUUCGACGCAACCGGUGCGCAGCUAUUUCGUUACGCUGAGCGUUGUCGGUAAGUACGGAUGUAUUGGGGAUGAACCCAUCAACUGUAGGUACAUUGAAGCAUCUAUUUACGAAAUGUUACGUAAAUUUAAUUCUCGUCGUCGAAUUUCAGUUUGCAUAAAAUUUAAUAGAAGGUAUCAAAUGAGACGUUAA